AUGUCUACACCUUUACUCACGCAUAAUCAUACUCAAUUCCUGAAUGGAUAUCAUGGCUCAAUGGAUUCAAUUGACCAUUCCUUCCGUGAUGCUUCUCCACCCCUUCCGCUGCCGAUGCCAAUGCCGAUGCUUGGGCAGAUCCCGCAUCAUCAACAAACUUUCUUUCCUCCAAUGGUUCCCAUUGGGACUCCUAUUUUUUCGGAUCACAACAUGCAGGACUACUGCGACUAUCUGUAUCAUGUCGGGUUCUUGCAAGGCCAAUUCUCGGAUAUUCAUCUCGUCUUCCCCACACUCCAAAAGUCGUAUGCUCUUCACUCGCUUGUUCUCUCACGCUCACCUGCCUUCUUCAGACGACUAAGUCAACCUCACGGGAAAAGUUUGGAAAUAGAUCUCGAUUUGUCGUCCGAAGCCAUCUACACUGUCCUUAGCCAUUUGUAUCGGCCCCUGAGUUAUGGAGAUGUGUGCUUUAUUGUUAAUGAGAACCCACGUGUUGCAUUGGAACUACUAGAAGCUACUGAAGAGCUCGAAAUGGAAAGUUUAUCUGACAUGUUGAUUCAUUCAAUCAACCAACACCUCAACCAGAUAUCUAUUUAUCAUUGGAUUCGUCUGUUGCGUUCGUUUACAACUAGCCGAAAAAGAUGGACCGAAACACUUCAACACCAUCUAGUUCAAUAUUUGACUCACAGGCUAGUUAACCAACUCGAAGCUUUUCCAAUUGGUGCAAAGAUGACAGGUGGGAUCUGUAUUGGUCAAAACGAAGCGUUUGGAUAUAUGCCGGCAAAGACACCUCCAUUGCGAGGCAUGGUUGAAUUGGCUAGAGCUUACUCAAUGUUGCCAGAAAGCUAUAUGAAACUAUGUCUAGAACACGAAGAUUUGCCUGUUCAAGACAUGAUUCAACGCUUUCACUUUGCCAAACAGGUGCUUAUGUUCCGAGAGCAGUGCGGAAAGCAAAACAUUACGGCUGUCAUGCGGUUUGAUCAAAACCCAUGCGUCCUUAUUGUUAAAAAAGUGGGUCGUAAGGCAGGGCGAUGGGAUCUGUCACAGUAUGACAAGGUAUAA